GGUGAAUGGCGGGGGUGAGGGUGGGGAAUCUGUUUUGAUUUCUGUCGGGGAGACACACAAACAGACCCGCUGGCGACAGUCCGGGGUCUUCGCUUUCACAAGUCUUACCUCCGCGGUAAAUAGUUUCUCGCGUCUUGUCCACGUCUUUGCCAGUCGCACCACCGGCUUGGCAGAUGUCGGAUUCCUUGUGUGUGGAGGACAUGGACAAAGUGAAUCUACCAUUCUGUACACCGAUAAGUUUCGUGUGUUUCGUGGCCAAGUGUUUUAGAACAGCAGACGGCAACAACAGGUGAAGGCGGCAAUCACUCUAGAGAGGAUAUAACUGAAGCACGACUGUUGACUUUUGUCCAGUAGGUAUAUAGCUGGCUUGGCGCGUGCUGCUCUUCGCCCUCAGGACUCGAUCCAUGUUUCAGUAAGAUAUCAGAAUUUUUAAAUGUUUUUAUGCGAUCUAUCCCGAGCUUAGGAUCAUGGCUGCAGUUGUUAGGACAACAGAAGAAUGUCAUUGACAACAGAUGUAACGGUGCAGAGGAUAUGACUGACAUGUGAUUGGUGUCAAACAAACAUACAAAGAAAAUGAUGUUUGGAGGGUUGAGCACAGUUUCUGUUUAACUUGAAUAUGAGAAAGCGAACUAAACAAAAAGUCAUUUGUGAUAAUAACUAGAUUGCAAGAGUUUCAGAAAUCAGCUGAUAAAUCAGGGAUGGUAAAUAAUAUUAUUACUGUACUGAGAAAGACGCUUGGGCAGAAUGUUCCUAUGACACAUCCUACAAGUCAUUCAGAAACGGGUCAAAACUGUAACAACUGUAACUGUAGCAUCAAUAUGACUGUGGAGAACAUAACAUAAUUGGACUCAUACACAAACACCGAAAGUGUUCAACGGAAUCGCAUAGACAAGGCUAAAAAGGUUUCAUCAAAGAUUCUCUCAGCAACCUGAGUCUAGGUCACGUGAGCUCCGCCAGUACUUUAAUUCCCUCUCGCCACCCGUGAAUUACAACACCUGUAAUAUAUAUUUUGGGGGGACGGGGCUACUAAAAGGAGAGGUGAUGAAAGGUCUGAUGGACAUCGCUGCCGAGACCGCUUAGGACCACUUACGAAGUGUGUCGGUCCUUUACAAGCAGGACGAUCGCGAAGUCACGUGACAGAAAGCAGCAUGGAGGAGCGCGGUGUGACGCCCAGACCAACGGGGAUCGAGAACAAGAGCCUGGAGUAUGAGGUGGAGAUCCACGACGUGCAGUUCAACCACACAGGUCGAUUCUUUGUCAAGCUGGCCAUCCAGAGCCUCCAUACCAAAGAUUAUUCCAAGGUGACUGUGCGCAAGUGGCCUGGCGAGGAGUACGUGCGCGACUUUGAGGCGCUCACAGACGUGGUCGUGCAGUCCGACAACGACGACCUCAAUAUUUUCGAGGACAGGAAGUUUACCUUCAGCCUGCCAAAAGGCUUUUGCAAGAACGACAAGAACCAUGACGUGUAUCUGCUGCUGGAGGCAUUCUCACUGCCGGAGGACGAAGAAGACACGGGUCAGAAGGUCGGAGAGGGCAAGGUCGCCAUCUAUCCUCGCACCAACGCUCCCCGAACCAACCAUGCAGUGUCACCUGGCGGAGAUAUGUAUCGCUUCACUGACUACGUUCCGCUUUUACGUGGAUCUCAGGUGGACAAAUCCCAGAUGCACUGCGGUCGUCUGCGCUGCACGUUCGCGUUACGCGAGAAAGUUCCGCAGAUGAAGCCACCAAAACCAAAAUUGGACCCCAAGGCGUCUACAAGUCCGAUAACAGCACUCGUCCCCCCAGCUGCCCCUGCCCCUGAGAAAAAACCAGAGACUGACAAAGAAACACAGAAGAAGAAAGAUGAAGGGAAGAAGGGCGAGCUUGAGGUCCCUCCCUCGCCCAAGCGCCCUCCACCUGUCGUCCAUACUCCUCCCGCCAAGCCUCCACCUCCGAAAGCCACGCCUACCAGCGUGUGGGGGGACAACGUGUCCCUCAAUCUCCCCAAGUCCCCCUCGCCCCCACCGCUGACAGAUAGCAAGAGGCUGUCAGACUCGCCAUUGCCAGAUCUGAACCAGAGCACUUUUAGUGCCAACCCCGCCUGGCGCUACACUGCACUCAAGGGCAACGAACAGUUUGACGUCAUCGUUCACGGCGCCAGCGGCCUGCCGACUGCACGUGAUGGUCACGUACCCUUACCCUACGUCAUCCUGAAGACGAAACACGAUGAUGACAUAGGCGUGAAGGCGCGUGCUAAGACACAUGCAGUUGUCCGCCCCACCCACGUGCCUUCAUGGGAGGAGAUGAUCUCUGUAGAGGUUGAUGAGCCCAAAUCAGAGAAUGAAGUUCUUGUUCUGUCGGUGGGCGAUGCGACGACCAAGCAAGGAUUGGUUAAAUACCUGUUGCCGGCAUCCAGCUUGAAACCAUUCCAUCAGUACCACCUGGAGAUGGUCAUGCCCACUAAGAGCUCGGUCGGAGGGGCGAAGACAUACGUGUCUAUCAUUCGUCGACAGAGUACUCUGCCACAGGACCCAGCCUGCCCCAACUACCUGGGCCUGGAGGUCUUCCUGAGGGCUGUCCAGCGUCCGCUGCAGAAUCCAGCAGGACCUCUGAUUGCUGUGGCUAGAAUCGUGCCAGACUAUCACAACUACCGCACCGACACACUGCAGAGUCAUCCCCGCGCUGCUGGAAUCAGCAUGACCUCCGUCACCUUCCCCAACCCCCAUCCAUCAUCAUUCUCUGUUCCGGAACAGUCGUCACAGGGGUACCCACAGGUUAGCCUCAUUGGCAGGCCCGCUGAACAGCCUCGCUGGAACCAUCCAUUUCUUUUUUGUGACAAGCGUGAAAAGGCUACCAUGUUCACACCCUCGGCAGCCCUCGUUAUAGAAUACUAUGUGGCGAACGCAGCAAUGACGGACGAGUUCUGGAAGAUUCGCAGCCCUGUUGGCUUCUCCUCCGUUCUGCUGGAUCAGCGGAUGUACUCGCAGCUGUCCGCCAACAACGCCAGUCUCGGCAUGCGGGUGGAGGGCGUGCCUAUCCAGGGUUCUGACUUGUACACCGUAGACAACACAGCGCCUACUGUGGGGAUGGUCAUGAGACUGAUCAAGUCAGAUCAGCCAGACAGCAUGGUUGCCAUGAGUAACAUGGAAAACUUGCCUGAAGUGACUUUGCACCAAACUGACAGUACACUCCACGCCCCGGAUGUUCUGACCCUUGGUGAGGAUGAUGCUCAGGGGUCAGAAGUUAGCUCGCCGGCGCCUGACUCGCCUGUUGGUACAGAUGAACUGCUGCGGAGACUGCAACCUGCAACAGACAGAAGUCGACGAGUUUUGCCAAUUAAAGAUGGCGAGAUGCCGCCUUAUGAUGCCAUGGAGACCAUUCUACCCGAGUACCGCUAUAUCUUUACCGAACCUAGCAUCAACCACGACAGAGAGCCUGGUCGUACCCGAGGCACGACAAUGGCCCCGACUACCAGACAAACGAGGCUGCCCACGGACCUGGAGCACACAUCCAUGUCGGUGAUGGACCAGCAGCUACGCGAGAUCGACAACUACCGACAGGCCGUGCAGCGCAUGGGGCAGGACAUCCUGUCGCUACGCACCACCAUCCGGGAGCUGGAGGGCACGAACAGCAAACUUCGCCUGGAGCUGGGCAACUACAGUGACGCCACGCGCCUCAUCAUUGACUCGUCCGAGCUCGACGCCCUCGCCAAGCCAGAGCUGACCGCCAGAUACGCUGCCCUGAAGCAGAAGCUGGCAGCCCAGACAACGGAGCUCAAGGCGUACAAAGACAAGGUGCAGAAACUGCAGAAUGAGCUGAUCAAGAAAAACGACAAAGAAAAGGAGUAUCUGCGUAUGUCCCACGCCCAUGCAAGUCAGCAAGAACUACUGCAAAGGUUACAAGAAAAGGUCAACAAAGUACGCCAGCUAGAAGAUACUUGCAAAAAACAAGAGAAGGUUAUCGAGAAAAUGGAAAGAAUACUUGAAAAGCAAAGGGACAAGACACAGUCUGCUAAAGAUAUGAACUCUGAGGCUAAUGGGGCGUUGAUAGAAGAGAACAAACGACUGCGUCAACAAAUAGAGGAAAUACGGGAGCAGUUAAACAGAGGCGGCAGAGCUGGCGAGGACCUCGAGAAGCUGGAGCUGUACCAGGCUUUGGAACGAUCUGAAGGCCGCAUCAUGUCAUUGGAAAAACAGCUGGCUGACAACUCCCGCCAGUGGGGCCGGGAGCGAGCUGAACUACAGAUCCGCAUGAGCGAGACUGACAAUGGCUUCGGUCGUGCUGGGGGCCUGGUUCUCCACGACUAUCCUCUUCUGAGCAGUAGCCUCGACGCACCACGCCACCUACCACGACUGAACCUAAGGCCCUGAUGAUGUCAAGAUGGCUGAGCUACCUGCGAUUCUCCAAUGGUCGAGAUGAUGGUGAUAAGCUCUUCGUUGGCCACGAGGCCUGGAGACUACAUGAUAUAACUGGACUACAAACUUUAUCACGAUCGUUGGAUCCUGACUGGAAGAGAGUGGUGGCUGCAGUGGAACUUUCAUUCCCCACUGUGACCAGUCAGCCACGGACUUUCAUGAACAUCCGUUAGCUCUAGGAAUCUUUUGCUGUAAUCUUCCUUUGUAAGCUGUGUCAUUGAAGCGUGUGAUAAAACACAAACCUGACAUUUCAACAGAACCAGAGCUCUUUCCAAGGAACAACGGAGAAGACUGGUGUGUUGAAGAGCGAGAUACUCAAUACUUUCAGUCUUUAUAAUGAUUUCGGUGUGAAUAAGAGGAUUUAAAUAAAGAUGUUCGAUGGGUCGCUCACUGUACGACAGCAGAUUCAAGCAACCGACUAUGCUCAGCUUAAACAAAACAAACAAACAAACAAAAAGUAGCGCUAUUACUACUACAAGAAAUUUUUAACUGAAGCCACCGAAUAAACAAUGGCAACUGUCAGAACUUGAACACAGGAACGUGAGUGACGAGGUUGCCUGGUUUAUCCGCCAUAUUGUGCACUGUUGUACAACACUUUGCUGUCGGUUAUCAGACGUUGGCAAAUCCAAAGCUACACCUUGCCUUGGUCUAGGGCUAUGCUGCAUGACAUUUUCUUAUAUGCUGCACGCACACACACAAUUGCCCAUUAAUUUCAUCAGUAAAUACGGGAAGUUUCAUGCAUCCAAACAUGUAUAGCUACUUCAUUCUCUCUCAACAUUCUUUUUUUUUGUGAUUGCUUUCCCAGAGCUGGCCUGGUGAAUGAUGUUUAGAAUAUUUCAGUUUAGAAUUCAUCAAAAAGACUAGAAUCUGGUCAGUUAGUUGCACACAUCUUGUACUUAGGUUAUCUAGAGGCUUAAAGCAUGAUCAUACUGUUAUGAUGUGAUGAUAAUAAUACAAUAAUUAUUAUUUAUGAUAUUGCAUGACUGUGAUAUUGACGAGUUUCUGCAUCGUGCGUACUGGUUGUUUGUAAAUAUUCAAAAUAAAAUUAACAUAAAAAGGUGUGUAUUUUAUUGCUAGCACAACUUGCAGUAGCAACAUCUAGCAACCUGCUGAAGGAAGAGACUGGGCACUAGUCAGUAACCUUGUGGCUAAACACACGUGUGUACCGUGAUAAACAUGGGAUGUACAUAGUAAA